UAGAGCUCAUAUUAUUUUCCUCUCAAAAGUUCGAUAUAUAUAUCUCGUACCAAUUAAAAUUAUGUACUCUGCAACUCACGAGGGUGACAUGUCAUCACCGUCGACUUCAGCACAACCAUGUCGCCGCUUUUCACUUGAAGAGAUUCAAUCUGCUACCAACAACUUUGAUGAUAAACUCGUCAUUGGUGAAGGAGGAUUUGGAAAAGUUUACAAAGGUCGUAUAACCAUUGAAGAAACCAGCCAUUUUGUGGCCAUCAAACGGUGUGAUUACAGGUCUGACCAGGGUGCAUCUGAGUUUAGAGCUGAAAUCGAAAUGCUUUCUAAGUUGCGCCAUUGUCACUUGGUAUCGUUAUAUGGUUUUUGUGAUGUUGAAAAGGAGAUGAUACUUGUUUAUGAAUAUAUGCCAAAUGGAACCUUACACGACCAUUUACACAAGGCUGCUACACAUUUAACUUGGGUUCAACGACUAAAGAUAGCCAUAGGUGCUGCACGUGGGUUAGACUACCUUCAUACCGGUUUUGGCACCCAUCAAGGAGUCAUACAUCGUGACGUGAAGAGUUCAAACAUUCUUUUGGAUGAGAACUGGGAAGCCCUGAUAUCGGAUUUUGGGCUGUCCAAAAUAGGCCCAACUAAUCAAUCAUUGUCUUUUAUUGACGCUAGCGUUAAAGGCACAUUUGGGUAUCUGGAUCUAGAGUAUUUCUAUACUGGAAAAUUAACUAGGAAAUCAGAUGUAUAUUCAUAUGGAGUUGUAUUAUUUGAAUUGCUUUCAGGAAGGCUUCCUGUAGACAAAAAGUAUGGGGAGGAAGACUGUAGUUUGGUAAGGUGGGUUCAAAAAUGUGUAAAAGAGCGAAAAGUAGAUCAAAUGGUUGAUUCUAAUAUGAGUGGAAUUUUCCCCAAAUGUGUAAAGCAGUUUGUCCAGAUUGCACAUCCUUGUUUAUCUAGUGUCCCGAAAGAGCGGCCCAAUAUGACUGAGGUUGUGGCCUCUCUUCAAGCCUUACUUAAACUACAUGAGCAAUUGGAGGCUUCUGCCGUUUCACCAACUGGGCUCACUUCAAAAAUGCAUAAGUAUUUUGGUUUAUCACCAAAACUGAACUCUCCAAAGUUGAACAGUGGUAUAGACCGACUCUUUGUGUUCUGUGUCUGUUUAUUAUUCUUAUUUGUACCAGAUAUUUAAUUUGGGCUACUUCUGAUA